CAACGACUAAAGGUGGCCAUAUUUUAUGCCACCUGGGUUUUGCUUCAAACAGCUGUAUUUUGCCUCGCCGCUAAAAUAUUUAAUAACAUUCCCUAUAUUUAGUUUAUUACAUCAUGCCUUAUUAUCAGACGUGGGAAGAGUUUGCGCGAGCUGCAGAAAAACUUUAUUUGACAGAUCCGAUGAAGGUCAGAGUGGUUCUGAAAUAUCGACACUGUGAUGGAAAUAUCUGUAUGAAAGUCACAGAUGAUUCUGUGUGUCUGCAGUACAAAACUGACCAGGCUCAAGAUGUAAAGAAGAUUGAGAAACUGCAUGGGAAACUGAUGAGAUUAAUGGUCUCCAAAGAGUCCCACAGUGGAGCCAUGGAGACGGACUGAGUGAAUCAAAUGAACCGUUGGGAUUGCAUGGACAGUUGUUUGUUACUCAGUCCGACUGACAAUGAAGAGAGAAAGAACCACAGGAGGUUGGAGAUGAAGUUUGGGGGAUGUUUAUUGACUAAUACUGAGGAUGUUCAUAUUAUGCUUGUUUGGAGAGCAAACCGCAAGAGCAUCCUACAAGAGGCCGGUUUUUGUGGCCCUGUUUGGAGGACAGACAACGUUGUAGUGAUUAUACCGCUGUUUUCAUUUGGUCUAUUACUUAAUGUUUGGAGAAAAUAAGUUUUAACUGCAUCAAAAAUAAAAAUAAAAAUAUUUUUUUGAAGCAGGACCUUCUUAAUUUCUUAGAUUACAGUAAAAUUUCAGUUCUGAAGUUUGUAUGUCUAUUCAUGAUGUACAGUGAACCUUAAUAAAUGUCUAUUUUUUUUUUCUCAA